AUGAAACAUCCUUCUUUACUGCUCUGUCUUUCAUUCAUUUUCAUUCUAUGCCCUUCACUCAUUCAAGCUUCAAUCUCGUCCCCUUCCGUAGUAACUGUCUACAGUCGGGAACACUUUGUUUUCGGAGUGGAUGAUUUACAGAGAGGAAUUGCCGUUGCCAAACUCUCGGAUCAAGUUCAAAGCAAUGGUUGGACCCAACUCGAUAUUCGUACCAAUUCUGCUCAUUCCGAUGAAAUACAGACCUUUGCUGCUGGUAUGGCAGAAGGCUUGAUCUCUCAUUAUCAAACUUGGCAGUUGUACCAAAAUCAAGUCUAUGAUUGGAAUUUUACGGAACUGGCAACUCAAUCUUCAAAACCAACUUGGUGUAGAAAUGACAAUUCAUCAUUGUUAUGUAAUUACGCAUAUCCAGAACGAAUUGUUGAGUUUUUGAAACGAAAUUUGGAAUGGAUGAGAGAAAAUGCUCGCCGAAAGAAAUUUGAGUUUAAAUUUUGGUAUCAUGUGGAUUUGUUAUUGGCACAAUUUGAUGGCUUGGUUCAUGGCUUUAUGCGUAUGCAAGAGUUGGAUGGAAGAAUUACUGAAAAUAAGAGAAUGGAUUGGUUUGAUUUGUACGUGUUGCAAUCGGCUGGAGAUAUGUAUACCUUGGUCGAUGCAUUUGGCAGCUCACAAGUUCAUUCGAGAGCUCGAGCAGAAGCGUUUAAUAUGGGAAUUCCUUUAGAAGUUUUUCAAUCAAGUGCUUUCAAUAGAAAAUAUAAGGAAGACGCUCCAUUUACUGAGUGUAGUGCUCUCAUUAAGGUCACUUCUACCUCUCCACAAAAGCAAUGCGAUGAUUUAUUUGUUGGACAUACCACAUGGAGAAGAUUUAACAUUAUUAACAAAUUUUUCAAGAGUGUCACCAUGUCACUCAAGUUUGCAGCAGCAAAAACUGUGACCUUGAGCUCGAGUGCAAGUUUUUUCUCAAGUAAGGAAGACUAUUAUGCCAUGGAUUCGGGAAUUGUUGCCUUGGAAACUUCUCUGAGUACUUACAAUUCAACCUUAUUCAAAUUGAUCAAACCAGAGUCAUUGUUGUGUUGGGUGAGAAGUGUGGUAGCUUCUCGAUUGGCAUACACCGCAAAGGAAUGGGUAGACUUGUUUUCCUUGCACAGUAGUGGUACCUAUAACAACCAAUGGAUGGCUUUGGACAUGAAAAAGUUUACUCCUGGAAAUUGUCAAUUGCAACCAGAUACUUUAUGGAUCAUUGAGGAAAUUCCAGGAGGUGCCAAUGAAAAAGCCGACGUGAGCUCUGUUGUCAACUCACAAGGAGGGUAUUGGCCUUCUUACAACAUUCCAUAUUUUCCAAGUAUUUAUAAUGUUUUAGGUUAUAACGAAGCAAAGAAAAAGUUUGGCAAUGACAUGGAUUAUCAUUUGUGUCCUCGUGCCAAGAUCUUUGCAAGAGAACAAGGAAAGAUAACAAGUGACUGGAAAUCGUUUGGAGCCAUGCUACAGUUCAAUGAAUGGCAAACCGAUCCUUUCAGUGAAGGAGAUCCUGGAAAAUCCAUUGCUGCUCGUUACGAUUUGAGAACACCACAGAGCGGAUUGAAACCAUCUGCAUUUGGGGGUGCUGAUUCCAAGCUUACAAGUUUUUCAAAUGUGAUUAACCAUCCAAAACCUGUCACGUUUGGUAUUGCUGGCCCAACACACCAAAAUCAACCUGCAUUUACAUGGAAAGAUCCAAGAUGGAGCUCAAUUCCUCACUUGGGCCAACCAGAGACCUAUAAUUUUGGUUGGGUUAAAUUGAGUUCAAAAGAUGAUUUUGCUCGAAAAUAA